AGACUGCUCAAGAAGCCGAAUAGCGCCACUAGCCCAAUUCUUCUUGAACCUAUAUUAUUGGCACUGAUAUUUUAUAGUCCCUAGUGUCAAAGAUGCGCUAGGACAAAUACGCAUUGUGGAAGCUUCGGCGACCAAGUUCCCGACACUUGCUCAAGCCCAAACCUGAUAGAGGUUGACCCGUCAGCUUCUUGUCUGUGUCUAUAGCAGUACAUUUCUUCAUCGCGCGAGAUCGAGCCUCCAGCGUGCCACGCCAGACGGAGGGUUGCUGGCAGGUGCCCGAGGCAAGCGGUGCACCCGGUGCACGUAUGAAGUCCUGACGCGCUUGGCCUCAUCUGAAAGCUACUGAUAGCGACAUGUCGGAGCGGGGCAGGGGAGGCGGCGCGGGCGGCGGGGCCGCCCGCGGCGGCGGCAGGGCAAAGGCUGGCGUUGGCGGUGCUGCUGGCGCUGGCGGCGGCGAGGGCGCCCCCGGGUGGAAGAAGGCAGCUGGCGCGAACCUGAGCGCCAAGGCUAAGAAGGAGUAUCUCAAGUGGAAGCGCGAGCAGAAGCGCAACCAGGCGGACGAUGACUCGGACGGCGACUGGGGUGUGGACGAGGAGAACGGCCCCGCAGCCACGGUGGCGGCGGCGGUGGCGGCCGGGCAUGCUGCGGUGGCGGCCGCAGAGGCGGCGGAGGAAGACGCUGCAGGGGUGCCUGUAGCAGGUGGUGCAAGGCGGCGUGGGCCGGAUGGCGGCGACAAGGGCCGGGCGGGAGGCGGCGCCGGCGCUGGCGGCGGCAGGGGCGGCGGGCGGCCAAAGCGCGACGGCGCCGCCGCCGGCACCGGUGACGCCACCGCCACUGCCACAGGCGAGGGCCUGCCGCGCCCGGUGCCGCCAGGCAAGGACGCGCGGCACCUGCAGGCGGCGGCGCACCCGCACCCGCACCCGCACCCGCACCCGCACCCGCACCCGGGCCGCCACAGCAACAAGCAGGAGGCGCUGCUCGGCGACUUUGCGGUCCCCACCGAUGGCGGCGACGACGACGAGGCCGCCGAGGAUGACGUGGCGCCGGAGGUGCGCGAGCGGGCGGAGGCGCUGGCGGCGGCGGUCGCCGCCUCGCACGUGCACUCCCCCGGACGCGUCACACGCCACGACGCCUACCUUGGAAACGCCCAACACGGAAAGGACCACGGGCAUGCGCAUGGACACGCCGGCACUCACGCGGGGCACGAGGGGCCCCGUGGCCACGACGAGCACCAGUUGGCGGCGGCGGCGGCGGCGGCGGUGGUUGGCGGGCGGCCGCCGGCGCGCAGCGGCACAUGGAACACGCCCACCACGCAAGCAGUGGUGGCGGCGCAGGCGGCGGCGGCGCACGGGGCAGGGGGGCGCGGCGCCGGCGGCGGCGCGGCGGGCGGCGGGGGCGGAGGGGGGCGGGCGGCUCCUGACAGCCUGCCGCUGCGGUACGUGCCCAUGGUGGACCUGCCGCCUGGCGACGUGCCGGCCAACAUCCGCGAGGCCUGUCCGGAGGUGGAGGCGAUGCGGCUGCCGCGGGUGCGCGAGGAGGAGGUGGGGUUCGGCGAGGAGGGCAGGCGGCUGGGCAUGCCCAAGCGCCCCGCCUGGCGCGGCGUGGUCCGCAGCGCCGACCAGCUGCACGCCCUGGAGGAGUCCAGCUUCCUGUCCUGGGCGGAGCAGCUGUACAAGGGCGUGGACAGGCCCUCUCGCGUGUCGUUUUUUGAGCCCAAGCUGGACUUCUGGCGACAGCUGUGGCGCGUGCUGGAGCGCUCAGACGUGGCGGUGAUGAUCGUGGACGCACGCAACCCGCUGCUGCACUUCUCAGAGGCGCUGGCCCAGCACGUUAUGUGCGACCAUGGUAUGGCCGCACUGCUGGUGCUCAACAAGGCCGACCUGGUGCCGGUGGCGGCGGCGGAGGCGUGGAGGGGCUGGUUCGAGUGCCGCUACCCGGGACUAAAGGUGGUGGUCAGCAGUGCUGCCGGCGCCCAGGGCGGCGCGGCGUCGGGCGGCGCGGCGGGCGCCAUCUUGGACGCAGUGCUGGAGUGCGACAUCAGCAGGGACGGCCGCCGAGUCAAGGUGUCGGAGGUGGUGGGCAUGAGCCGAGACCAGAUCCUAGCCGCCUCCAAGGCGCGAAACACACACAGCAAGCGCGACCGACCGCCGCCGGCGACGCAACAGCCACAGUCGCAGUCGCGCCAUGAGAAGGCGGAGGCGCAGGAGGCGGGCGGCGGCGGCAGCUGGGAGAAGGACGGCGAUGCUGACGAGGACGAGGACGUGGAGGAGGAGGAGGAGGAGGAGGAGGAGGCGUGGGACACGAAGGGCACCAAGCAAAAGAAGAAAGCGGCUCUGAAGAAGAAGCGCACCGCGCGCAUGCACGCCGGGGCCGCGGCGACCGCUGGCGGGGUGGCGGGCGGCGGCAAGCAGCAGGGCGGCGCGCCUGCCAAGGGCGCAGCCGGCGGUGGCAAGGGCCGCGGCUCGGCUCGCCGCGGCGCCGCGCCUGACGCCGAAGACGGCGACGAGUCGGAGGCGGCUGUUGAGGCGGAGGCGGCAGCUAGCGGCCCCAGCCGGGCGGAGACUGAGGGCGAGGAGGGUGAGGGCGAGAGUGCAGAGGAGGGCGAGGGCGAGGAGGAGGAGGAGGAGGCGGCGGGCGCUGAGGACAGCGACAAUGACAACGCGGCCUUUGAUGCACUGGCAGCGGAUGAGGACGAGGAGGACUUCAAGCAGCAAGGAGAUGAGGAGGAAGACGAGGAGGACAAGGAGAAAGGCAGGGAGCAGGCGGCAAGGAGCGGCGGCUCCGCCGCUGCCGCAGCCACCUCCGGCGGCUGGGGUGGCCACGGCGCGCGCGGCGGGCACGACCGGCGCGGCCGCAGCCGGCCUGUGGUGGUGUGUGUGGUGGGCGAGCCCAAUGUGGGCAAGAGCAGCACCAUGAACGCGCUGCUGGGCGCCAAGCGGGUGGCGGUCAGCAGCCACCCCGGCCGCACCAAGCACUACCAGACGCACGUCAUGUGCCCUAGCCUGAUGCUGUGUGACUGCCCCGGGCUGGUGUUCCCGCGUCUGGACGUGUCGCUACCUAUGCAGGUCCUGUUCGGCAGCUACCCCAUCGCGCGCUGCCGCGACCCCUACGCCGUGGUCCGCUACCUGGCGGAGCGGGUGUGGCCGCGCCUGCACCACACCCUGGCGCUCAAGCCGGUGGCGGAGGAGGACGCGGAGGAGGAGCGCGGAGGAGCAGGCGGAGGUGGAGGCGCAGGAGGUGGAGGCGCAGGAGGUGGAGGCGCAGGAGGUGGAGGCGCAGGAGGUGGAGGCGCAGGAGGUGGAGGCGCAGGAGGUGGAGGGGCAGGAGGUGGAGGCGCAGGAGGAGGCGCAGGCGGGGACCUGCAGGCGCGCGCUCGUCGCCGCCACGACACAGCGCCGCAGUGGUCCGACGACGACUGGACGCCGGCGGCACUGGUGGAGUCGCUGGCGGCCAAACACAACUGGCGCAGCCGCCGCGGCGGGCGGCUGGAUGUGUACCGCGCCGCCAACUGGGUGCUGCGGGCGGCGUUGGCGGGGCGGUACGGGGUGGAUGUCGCGUUCCUGCCGCCCGCGGCCGCCGAGUGAUGUGGGUCUUGUGCGGUGUGGUGUGGUUUUGCGGGCGUGCAGGUGGAGGUGUGGAGCAGGCGGCAGAGUGCGGUUACGUCGGCGGUGUUGUUGUUGAAGCAGUUGCUGAGCGCACUGGGCCGCGGUUUGGUUUGUGUGUGGGGCAGUUUGGGCAGUUGAGCAGUUUGCGCUUCUGCGGUACUGUUUCCGGAUGGGGUGCUUGCAUGGGUGCUUGAUGCGUUUUUGGCUGUGCUGGCCAAUUGUGGCAAAUAUGAAUCAUGGUAUACAUAGAAGUGCCAGGCUCUGCCCCCCCUUCAAUACCAUCAAGGCGAAAAGUACGAGGAUAUUAGUGCUGAGGCCGUAGCUAGGGGACAUGAGGCAAACCUUGCAAUACUCUAACAAGGCGAAGUUGGCUAGCUGUUUACACGCUAUUUUGGGCUCAACAAACAGAAUUGUUGUAACAAUGGAUGGACGGUACAAAUCGCGUGCCGGAUACUGACACUGAAGACAUGCGGAGAGACGAGGGGCCUUCGGGGCUCUCUUAGUCUCGUUACGGGAAAGGAAUGCACACUUACAAUCCUGUAACACACACACGUA